AUGGAGGAAGACGAGUACGGGUGCACGGCGUUACACUACGCCACAGAAGGUGGUAGCAGCAUGUUGUGCGUGACCCGUGACCUCCUGGACAGUGGAGCGAAUUGUUUGCACCAAAAUGGAGCCCGUGAGACGCCACUACAUCUUGCAGCAAAACAGGGUUGUGUGGCUACGGUGGAAAGUCUGCUUUGCACCGGCCACGGCCUUUGGUCCAUAAACACUUCUGACGCUCAUGGCCGCACGCCUCUUCACAUUGCCGCUGCCUACGCACAAACUCACGUUGUCUCUUUGCUCAUUGCUAAGGGCAGUAGUUCCCGCAGGUGCCAAAAGGGAAGAACACCACUACAUUGGGCAGCACAAGCAGGAAGCCUGGAGACAUGCAAAGUUAUUCUUGGAGCCAACAUAUGCAUCAUUGACGCUCGUGACUUUCGUGGUAUGACAGCACUGCAUUACGCGGCUCAAAAGGAUCACGAAAAUGUCGUUACGUAUCUGAUGGAUAAGGGAGCGAAAUUUAUACAGGACGGGAACGGACUCUACUUCACGUCUUAUGCUUUUAAAAAGGAGAAUGUGAAAGCUGCACGCGCCAUCAUCUACAACAAGAGGUAA